AUGGCGACGAUGACCACUGAGAAGAUGGCGCAGGUCAAGACCUUCGUCCAGAACAAAGUGCACCAGACCACCGAUGCUGCCGGUCUCUCUGCCACCGAGACGCGCAAAAAGGCACAGUCCGUUUUGAAGCAGGCACAGCAAAAGACGUCGGCCGCCACCACCGUCUCGAUCGAGUCGCUGCAGAUGCUGCUGGAUCAGCUCAACCGAAGCCGACUCGUCAAUGACGUCAAGCUGCUCGGCCAAGCGCCCAAUCUGCUCAUCACCGGCCUCACGGGCGGAGGCUUGGACGACCGCAAGCUUCUGCUCGAGCAGCUCAUCACUCUGCUUGCCAGCAUUCCCGUCACGUCAAACAUCAGUCGCACUCUUUCAGAUGCCCUUAUCAGCAUCAUCUGGGGCGAUCUUCCUCACCCCGCGGUGUCCUUUAUGGGUCCCGAGCACCGCUUCCGACGCCCUGAUGGUUCCGACAACAACAUCAUGAAUCCUCAGCUCGGUGCUUCCAAUCAGCCUUAUUCGCGCAAUGUGCAGCGUGUGCAUCCACAGCAGGUCAAUCUCCCUGACCCUGGCACCGUUUAUGACCUUCUGCUGGCGCGAGACAGCUUCGAGCCCCACCCUACGGGCAUCAGCUCACUGCUCUUCAACUUUGCCAACAUCAUCAUCCACGACAUCUUCUCCACCACGCGUUUGCCCAACGCACACUCCGCCUACAACGAGCACUCGUCCUACCUCGACCUGCAGGUCGUUUACGGCGCCAACCUCGAAGAGCAGUCGCGCGUGCGGACGGGAACGCUCGGUCUCCUCAAAGCUGAUGCCAUCGGUGACUGGCGUCUGGCCAUGAUGCCUCCAGCGACGGCUGCGCUCGGCGUGCUCUUCAGCCGUAACCACAAUUCCAUCGCCAAGCGCCUCUAUGAGGUGAACGAGAACAAGCGCUUCGACGAUCUCGAGGGCGAGGCACUGGACGAUGAGCUCUUUGGCAUUGCGCGUCUCGUUAAUUGCGGUCUCUUCCUGCACAUCAUCCUCCGCGACUAUAUUCCCGUCAUCCUCAACACUAACGACUCGGAGUGGUACGUCGAUCCUUUGAACGUGAUCAAGAGCAUCGGUGGACCCGGAAGUCUCGAACGUGGUAUCGGCAACUCUGUCGCUGCCGAGUUCUCGGUGCUCUACCGCUGGCACGCAGCCGUGUCGCAGAACGAUGAAAAGUGGAUGAACGAAUUCCUCGAGGCACGAUUCCCUGGCAAGAGCCCCGAAGAGGUCAGUCCCAUGGAGUUUGUGGGAGCCGCGGCAUCUCUCAAACAAACGUUCCUCGAAACGGAUCCAAGCGAGUGGAACCUUCACGGCUGGGGGAGAGAUGCGCAGGGCAAAUUUGACGACAGCGUGAUUGCUCAGGUCGUCAAGGAUGCCGUCUCGGACGUUGCUGCCGCCUUCCGUGCCCGAGGCCAUCCGAGCUGGUUCCGUCCCAUCGAGAUUCUGGGAAUGAUCACGGCUCGCAAGGACUGGGCGCUCUGUACCAUGAACGAGUUCCGCCACUUCCUCGGCCUCAAGACCUACAACUCCUUCAGCGAGUGGAACCCUGACCCCAAAAUAUCGAAGGCAGCCGAGAUGCUCUACGGUGACAUUGACAACCUCGAGCUGUACCCAGGCCUCAUGGCCGAGGAGGCCAAGCCAAGCAUUCCCGGCAGUGGUCUCUGUCCGGGCUACACGAUCUCGCGUGGUAUCCUCAGCGACGCUGCCGCCCUGACCCGAGGUGAUCGCUUCUACACCAACGACUUUUCCACGUCGAACCUGACGAGCAUUGGCUACGAAUACUGCACCACGCCUCAGCCUGGCGGACACGGUCUGAUGGGCAAGCUUAUCAUGGCAAACCUACCCGGUCAGUUCCCCUACAACUCGAUUUAUGCGCUGUUCCCCUUCCGCGUGCCCGAGAAGACGGUGACCAUGCUCAAAGAAAAGCGCGUGCUCGAGCAGUACGACACGUCGUACCCGGCGCCUGCCCGGCGCUGGUAUGUCGUCGAGUCGUACUCGGCAAGCAAGGCCAUCCUUGAAGACAGCCGCUACUUUGUCGCAUUGCCACCCAUGUCGUACGACGAGAGCCUCAUGACCUCUGCUCUGCACUCGAUUCCGCGCUGCUAUGACGAGAUCUCUGAUUUUUACAGCGUAAACACAAGCCUGAUCAUGAAGGACCGAAGCAUCCCCUUCUCACCUGUGGGCCGCGAGCGAAUUGUGGAUCUGCUCGAGGUCGUCAACGCUGUCUCUGCUCAGUUCACGGCCAAGCUCUUUGCGCUGCCCACUCCCGGCAGCCACGGCCUUCAUCUCGGCAUGUCGCCAGAGGAGCUCUUCACAACACUCGCCAAGCCUCUUGCCUACGCCAUGUACGGCUCAUUUGACUUCCAGGGUCACCAGACCUGGCGCCUCGAAGAGGAGUCCGAGGCAUGCACGCGUCGUCUCAAGAACCUCAUCUGGGCUCGCCUUCACACGGUCGAUGGCAUCCUGUCGCCCGUCUUUUCCAUUGUGCAGGGCAUUUCGAACGUCGUCGGCGGACCGCGCAAUAUUGCCGCCAACGAUAUGGCCAAACAUUUCUACCACACGCUCUUCGCAUCGGGCAAGAGCAACGACGAGCUUGUUAAGGACUGCCUGCACAUGAUGGUGUCUCUCACGGCAACGCACUCUCUGGUGCUCAUGCAGGCCUUCAAGUGGUUCCUGCAAGAAGAGAAUGCCAACCAACUCUCGGCCAUGUACAAGCUUGCGCAGAAGAACGACCCUGCUUCUAAUGUCGAGCUGCGCAACCGCAUUAUGGAGGCCUAUCGUCUCAGCAGCAUUACGCCCCCGCAGGCCAAGUUUGCUCUCCAGUCGGUAGCUCUGCCUGAUGUCGACGAGGGCAAGGUGCACGUGCAAGUGGGCGACGGCAUCUACAUCUCGCCCUCGGCUCUGUUCCGCGAUUCACAGCUCUCUCAGGAUCCGGAGCGCUUUGCUCCUAGCAGCAAGAAGCCUGUCCGUCUCGGCCUCGGGGAUGCACCGACGCAAUCGAUCCUCGAAAUCACGCUCCCCGCCAUCGCAAAGCAGUUCUUCAAGCACGCCAACCUUCGCAUGGCUGCUUCUGGCCCUCCUCCUGUGGUUCACGAUGUCGGUCCCACCGCUCACGAGAAGCUGCCCUACUUUGUUAGUAACCACGGGACCGAGUUUCCGCUUCCGAUUGACACGUCGAUGCAUGUCAUCUAUGAGUCUCGUUGA